CCUUGGCAUUGCAGUGGUCAAAGGGAUGUUCCUGGCAGUUAUGGAAGUACAGGAGGUGAUCGGGGGUUUGCUGCACCUCUUGCUUGCUGUGGCCCUCCUGGCUCUUGUGCUUUACUGCUGCUACAUAAAAUAUAUCCACAUGAAGUAUGACUACAUCCCUGGCCCUCCAAGGGCAAGCUUUUUCCUUGGUCAUGAGCCAAUCCUCUUGAGAGUAGUUCUAAAGAAUGAAGUCUUUCAUGAAUAUUUUCAGGAGUGGGCUGAAGAAUAUGGACCAAUUGUGCGGCUUAACAUUUUACACAGAAUUGUAAUAUGCGUAUUGAGUCCUGAGGGCGUAAAGGAGUUCCUCAUGUCACCCCAAUAUCCAAAGGACCAAAUUGUGUAUGGGGCUGUUGCUUAUAUGUUUGGUGUAAGAGUCGUUGGGAAUGGUUUGGCAACUGAUUGCAAUAUCAAUCAUUGGCACAAGCAGAGAAAAAUUAUGGAUCCAGCUUUCAACCGAAUUUACCUAAGUGGCUUGAUGGGAGUCUUCAAUGACAAAGCAGAAGACCUUAUGAAGGUGUUGGAAGGAAAAGCCAAUGGAGAGACAGAAGUGAAUAUGAUGGACCUCCUGAAACGGGUAGUUCUUGACAUCAUUGCAAAGGCAGCUUUUGGACUGGAACCGAAUACUGUGUGGGGUAACCAGACCCCUUUACUACAUGCAUUGUCUAUGGCUGUGAAAGGGCUAGACUUCGUACGGAAUCCUUUCUUUCAGUACAUUCCAAGAAACAGAAAAUUUGUGAAAGAGAUUCAAGAAAGCGUGAGAGUAUUACGUCAAACUGCGAAGGAGUGUAUUGAAGAGAGGCUCAGGGCUCUCAGAAACGGAGAGGAAACCCCUUCGGAUAUUCUCACGAAAAUACUGGAGAAUGCAGUGCAGGAGGGGCAGUAUGAUGAAGAAAACAUGCUGGACAAUUUUUUGACCUUCUUCGUUGCAGGUCAUGAAUCCACUGCCUACCUGUUGGCUUUUACUGUAAUGGAACUGGGACGGCAACCUGAAGUAUUAGCAAAACUUCAGGCUGAAGUAGACAUGGUGGUUGGUGUGAAGAGAGACAUUAACUCUGAUGAUCUUGGCAAUCUCCACUAUUUAUCACAGGUUCUCAAAGAAGUCCUACGAUUGUACCCACCGGUUCCAAACAUUCUACGCUGGACAGGAACUGAAACCAUCAUUGAAGGAGUCAAAAUUCCAGCAAAUUCUGUCCUGAUUUUCAGCACAUCUGCCAUGGGACGCAUGGGAAAGUUUUUCCAGAACCCACUCAUAUUUGAUCCUGAUCGAUUUAGGGAAGACCAACCGAGGCCAUACUUUUCCUUUUUCCCAUUUGCUCUGGGACCCCGUUCCUGUAUUGGGCAGACAUUUGCACUGAUGGAGACUAAAGUGCUGAUGGCCAAAUUUCUGCAGAGGUUUGAAUUCCAACUGGUUCCACCACAAAGCUUUAAAUUUGUGGACUCGGGGUUGUUGAAGCCAUUGGAUGACGUAGUAUGCAGACUGAUGCCACGCCAACCCUCUUGCAUUUGAAGAAAGUUAAACUGAAUGUGGAUAUUGGGGAACUGUGCAUUGUGUUCUGGGAUUGCCUUUGGAACAUACUGAAGUCCAUUUAAUGGUUGUGGAAUCUGGCUGGUUUUACUGAUGCCAUUAAAAUUAUAAAUUCCAGAGAGGCAGUUAACGCCAGUCUGUUGCAGUCCAAACAAAAAAGACACCAGACUUGGGGCACCUUAAAGACCAACAGAUAUGUGGAAGCAUAAAGCUUUUGAGGACUGGACCUACUUUAAUGUGAUGAAAAGUGGGUGUUUGAAUACAUUACCUCCUGCUGGUCACCAGCAGCUGGUGAACAGAGGCUACAAUCACUGGGAGAUUGCCCACCAUCAAGAGGAAUGUGAUUUGAUUUAUUAGACUUUUAAACGGCAUCCCCAGAAGCGGGCUCAGGGCGGGUCACAACUAGAGAUGGGCACGAACAGCAAUACAAACUAAAAAAAGCCAUGAACAGCCCAAUCAGCUGUUCAUAAACAAG